UCUUGAAGACAAAACACCGUAUAACCACAGCGGAGCCGCAGACGAAGAAAUCAAACAUUUUUCUCAUCAGAUUUUAAUUAUUUUCCACAUUUAAAGUGUUCUAACUCUGGAGAUGGAGAGCCUGCGAGCGGUCGUCUACCUGUCCAUCUUCCUCUCAGUGAUGUCAUCCGUUUGUCAGGGUGAAAGGUCAACUGAGGGUCAGCUGCCGUCGGCACCGGAUGAGCCGACCUUUGGAUUUGAACUGGCUGAAGCUCUGCAGGGUCUCCUGGACGAAGCUGACAGCAGAGUCGGCCUCUCCGUGGAGAAGAAGGCCAGCGUCAUCCCCAGGUGUGAUGUGGGCGAGCGCUGUGCGAUGAAACACGGACCUCGGAUCGGCCGGCUCUGCGACUGCCUGAGAGGAACGGCCUGCAACACCUUCUUCCUGCGCUGCUACUGAUCGUCACUUUUACCCUGUGAGGAGGUGAAAUCUAAUCGUUAAUCUAUAAUCGGGUCAAACAGAACCAGUCCUCACAGAUAGAAGUACGCGCCGACACUCUCUCCUGUUUGUCUCAAUGUUUUUGUUUUAAAGUUUCUGUCUGUAAUUCAGAUUCAUUUGUUUUUGUUAGUAAAGAUUUUUCACAAAGCUGCGUUAUGGAAAUGAUUUUAUGAUUUUCUUAUGAAAUUUGUCAAACAAACUUUUGUCGUCAGAUAAAUUUUAAAUAUUUCUGUAACACAUAAAUGUGGAUUAUUGUAUUCAUUCUUAAAGCUGUAAACAUUUAGUUCAGGUUGUUUGUCUUUCUGUUUGUUGUCAAUUAUUUUUAAAGUAUCUGAAAUUCAAUGUUUACUUUAAGUAUAUUGUGUGUUUUCUGGUAUAUAAAGUUAUUUGAAACAGAUGUUAUAGAUAUUCUUUAUCUGCCUAUUUGUAUAUUUUUGUCUGUGAAUCUUUAUCUUUUUUGCAAUUAAAUAAAUGGUGGUGUACCACAG